GACAUGUCUUUGUGGCUGCAAAUGGAGCCAGAGGUCGAAAGGGGAGCGAUCACUCUGGCUGGUUGGAUGAAGGAUAAAAGUGAGGACAUGCUGGUGAUCAUUUGGGAGCUGGAGGAGGGGCCGGAUCCUCGGCUUGACGUCUGCAUCGAUUGGAGGAGGGCAGAUGGCAUCAUGUCAGUCUGCAAAUCCCUCUUCAAUGAGGGUUGCGAUCUGUAUGAUCUUCUGGAGGAACGGUUGGCGGACAUCAUUGAUCGUGAGGAUGAGCACAAGGUAACAGCGGAAACAUCAAGAUUAACAAUAACAGCAAUGGAUGGGGGCGACAACAACAACAACAACAAUGAUAGCAGUGGCGUGUAUACUAACAACAACAACAGCGGCGAAAACAUCAUCAACAACAAAAACAACAACAACAACAACAACAACACCGAUAAUAUCAGCAGCAACGACGACGACGACGGUAGUGCCAACUAUGGAAGCAGCGAGGCUGGCAGCUCUGUCCGGGCAGUUGCGAUCAUCAGCGACAUGAUGGGGGAGGUGAUGCAAGCGGAUGAAGGGGAGAUUGGGGUUGGAACGGAAAAGUGGUUUAUCAUCUCCCCCCCCCUCAACGAUACGGACGACGACGACAACAUCGUCAACAACAACAACAACAACGACAACAACAACAACAACAACAACAACAACGACAACAACGACAACAACGACAACAACAACAACAACAACAACAACGACAACAACAACAACAACAACAACAACAACGACAACAACGACAACAACAACAACAACAACAACAACAACAACAACGACAACAACAACAACAACAACAACAACAACAACAACAACAACAACAACAACAACAAUAUCGACGACGACGACGACGGUGGCCACGACCAAUGGAGCAGCGGGGUAGGAAAUCACAUCUGGGCGGCUGAGAUUAUCAUCACCGCGUUGGGAGGGAUGCUACAAGUGGAAGUUGUGGGAGAUGGGGUUGAUACAGAGAAGCGGUUUACUGCUUUCCCCCUCUCUAACCUUCAUAUGGUGUUCCUCCUCGUGGUUUGGAGGAGCAUAGGAAUAAAAUAGCUGGGGGUGAUUGAUGUUGUCCGGCCUGCAAUACCAGUCAUCAUUGGGGGAUUGAUCGUCGUGUUGGGUGGUGGUGAGAUGUUCAAGGAUUAUUAGCAGGAGGUCAAUCCUUCUUGACAGUCUCACAUGAUAAUGCAUAUUCGAUACUGGACUGGGCGUCCAGAUCAUACAUCUCUCAUCAUUAACAGAGCUUUGCUUUUAGGCUUGAUUCAUAAAAGAUAAUAUACAUCAUAUAGUGCUUAGGGUUUCAUGAUUACACUUCGAUAGAUAAAAUAUUGUGUA